AUGCAUAUUGCUUAAAUCCAGAAGGUUAAUUAUUUGCAGCAGUUGGAGAUGCUAAAAUGUAUGCGCAAAUUUCACCUGGAUGAUCAAUCUGCAAUUCUUGAAAAGCUGCAUCAGCAGAUGCAGGAAGCUAAUUUUGAAAUGGAGGCAUCAGUUUUGUCAUCUGAGCAAAUUCAGGAGGUUGUUCGAAGGAGAGUAUCUCCUUUAUUUACACUGAGGUAGAUUAGGCAUGGCUUGCAGUUGUCAAGCUACGCUCUUGGAUUUGGCAUAUGCUGUAUUUGUAUUGCCUAUAUGUAUCAAUGGUGUGUAUGCAGAAUUGAUUUUUCCUUUUUUCUUUUUUAAUUUUUCUUUUGGCAUUUCUACUAUUUGAGGGUAUUAUUGUGUUAUCUACUAGUAUUACUAAGGAGAUGAGUAACUGCUGGAGAUCAAAAAAAGAGGGGAUAUGAGUAACUGCUAAGUUGGUUGGAUGAUUAAGUUAUGGGUUAAAGAAAUGACAUGAGUACUACUAGUUUUAUGUUGAAUGAAAGAGGGGAAAGUCCUCUUACCCCACGUCACCCAAGUUCUAAAAUUUU